UCCCCAGGGCGCGAGCGGGCCGAGCUCCUCGCCCUCCGCUCCAUCUCUGACGACGAGCUCAGGGACGUCUCGGAGCAGCUCUACGCCGCCGACGGGAACCGGGCCGCCAGCGGGGAGAUCGUCCUCGACCUGCAACACAAGAUCCCAGCCUCCGAGGCCAGCGCUGGCAAGGACUAUGCCUCGAAGAGGCUCUUCAGAUACGUGGCGGAGGCCACGCUCUUUGCCAAGCCCACCUUCGCCCGCUUCCUGGCCCUCCUGGACAACUACGACAAGAUGACGGGCCACAGCGAGACGCUGACAUCCAAGGAGGAGCAGGAGGAGGAGGCCUUCCUGGAGGCCGUCUUCCAGACGCCUGUCAUGGCCACACUCACACGCUUCUUCCUCUCCAAGGGCCUGUACCCCUCGGCGGACGCUUUCCGGGCUGACCUGAAGGAGAUGUGGUUCGGGCUGUACUCGCGCUCCAGUGGGACGGCCCUCGACUCCUCUGGCUUCGAGCACGUCUUCCACGGGGAGAUCAAGAAGGGGAAGGUGUCCGGCUGCCACAGCUGGGUCCAGCUCUACGAGCUGGAGAAGUCAGGACAACUCAACUACCUGAGCUACAGCUACGACGGGCCUUGGACUGCCUUCCCCGACGUCCUGGCCCUGCAGUACCGCUGGAGCAACUACCUCAAGAGCAUCGGCUCCAUCUUCGUGGGCUCCAGCCCCGAGUUCGACCUGGCCCUCUACACUUUGUGCUACAAAGCCCGACCCGACCAGCAGUGAGUGCGGGGGACCCACACUUGGGGGGCAGCCGGGAACACCCCCGCACCGAGGUGGCA